AUGCGUUUCGAUCGAUCCAUCCUCCUCCUUCCUUUCCUUCCCUCACUGGUCUCAGCCUGGCACCCUCCCACUCUCCAGGGUUACAACCUAGUCUGGUACGACGAAUUCGAAGGCAGUCCGCAAACCUUGCCCAGUGCGAGCCGAUGGAACAUCAUUAACGGCAAGCUCAACGUCAAUAACGAGCUCGAGACGUACACCUCCUCCACCAAGACCAUCCAUGUCAGUGGCGACCACACCCUGCAGAUCAUCCCCUGGCGCCAACAGAACGGCAACGGCGACUGGAUCUCCGGCCGCAUCGAGUCUACUUAUACUUUCACACCCCCAGCCGGCAAGAAGACCGUCGCCCAGGCCGAAAUUCGCUUCGGCAGCAACCCGACCAACACCAAGGCGGGAAUCUGGCCAGCCUUUUGGCUGCUGGGCCAAGAACUCCGCUCAGGCGGUAGCUGGCCCGCCUGUGGUGAGCUCGAUAUCAUGGAGACCGUCAACGGUGAUCUGAGAGGGUACGGAACCCUCCACUGCGGAACGUAUCCCGGCGGUCCAUGCAACGAACCCAGCGGCAGGGGGGCCAGUACCGCCAUUCCGAACCAGGACUGGCAUACGUGGAAGAUUGAGUGGGAUCGCACGUCGGGUGACUGGUGGACUUCCAAAAUUACGUGGUACAUGGACGGGGUCAAGUUCCAUGAAGUGUCGGGACAAUCGCUGGGUGACUCGGCGAUAUUCGACAAGAUCAGCAACAAGCCGUUGUUCUUUAUCUUGAACGUGGCUGUUGGUGGGAAUUGGCCCGGUUAUCCGAACGCCAACACUCUGGAUGGGCCUGGGUCCAUGAUGGAGGUCGGUUAUGUCGCUCAAUAUGUCUCU